UUAACGUCGUAGUUAAAUUCUCUUUGGUUCUGUUUUAUUAACACGUUAAACAGAACUUUUAUUAUUUUAUAGUUAUAAUUUAUUCAUAGUGUAGUUUAUUAAAUUAAUUAUUCGUCACAUUAAAAUCAUUGUGAUGUCUACACUGGUAGAAGAUUACUCAAUAGUCUCAACUUGGCAAAUAAAACAUGAAUUAGCUUAUUGGAAAGCACGAGCAAAGGCGCUUGAAUAUGAAAAUAAGUUUCUCCACAACAUAAUAAAGAAUAACCAUUUUGCUACAUAUAGUAGUGAAAAUAUAUGCUCAGAACAGUUUAGUGUAGUCUCACAAAACAGUGAAACAAAUAGCGAAACGGAUGAUGAAUCGGAACAAGAAUCGGAAUCGGCAAACGAUGAAAAUUUGGAAGAUGAAUUAUAUGAUGGUAAUUUUGAAGUAAGUGAAGAGUUUUUACAGUUUUUAGCAACUAAUGCAAAGUUUAAAGAAGAUGCUAGGAAGGAAAGAGAAAGAUUGAAAGUUGAAGAGGAAGCUAACGAAUUGCAAGAAGAUGCAUUGGAUAGCAAAUAUUAUAUGACUAUAGAUCAGUAUAAAAAGAUGUAUGGUGAUCAAUGGCAGAAAAUAUGUGCACUAGAAAUGUCAAUGGAAACAGCAUUUAUUCAUAAAUUUGAUCAGUUUAACCCAUCAUAUUGGCCAAAUAUGCCAUUUAAUUUUAAUUAAAGUUUUUUAUAUGUAAAAA